CCCUUGUGAUCUGAUCAUGCGGCGGCUACUACGGUUAUACGCUGCGGGUUUCAUUUUCAUUUUCCUAUUUCCUGGAUCGUGGCGCCCAGAAUGCUCCCGACACUGUUGCACGACCUCUUCCUCAACAAGCAGCGUGACGUUGUCUCGUGCCCCGAGACAUACGAGCCAGUUGGGACGCCACUUCGCCCGCGUGCGCGCUCGACUGACGGCCUUCGCAUGGCCACGUGGGACCAGAAGCGCCAGACUUGCUUCAACUGCAGACAUGUCUUCCUCAAGAGCCUUAGCACGACGCCCGACUACUGUUCCGUUGAUUGCAAGUCCAACGCACUCUACCUCCUCGCCGUGAGCCAAACGAUCCGCGCCGUCAAGGAGGCGGCCGCGGAGCCCACCAAGGCAACCCAUAGCGAGACCAAAGUUGUUCGAUUCGGCGAUGCGCCCACGAUCGUCGCCUCGGACGCCGAGCCGGUCGUUGCGACUGUCGCCACGGACGGGGAGCUCAUGAGCAUCAACGACCUGGCGCUUGCGAUGGGCCUCGAAGCGACUGACUACGUGCCGCAGACCUUCGCCGAGUUUCACACCAACAAGCUCGCGUGUCGCCCCGUCGAGUGGUCGUUCAGCGCGCUGUACUGAGGCUGCUCUUCUUUGCCAGCCGCGUGCAUGUGUGUGCGUCCUGUAUACCUUGCGUCCCGUCCUCUUGCUUAAAUUAACCCCGUAACUAUUUAAUAUUCGUCUUCGAGUUGCG